AUGGAAGUCGACGACGAUGAUUCAGUGCCCGUGAUGCCCGUACAGCCGAUGCCUACGAGCAUCGUCAGCUCACAGAACGGACGGCCGAGAGAAACUCGCCGCAGUCAACCGCCACGUGGCAGAGAACACGAGGCAGCCAAUCGCAGUCGCAGUCGUUCCAGAUCUCCGUUCCCCAGUGAUUCGGAGGAUGACGAACCGGCCCCCAGAAGAGAGGAUCACAGCAUGAGCGCGGAGAGAAUGCUUCAACUGGCCGAGGAAGAAAUCGAAGCAAGGAGACUCGCCGAAAUAAUUGCGGAGCAGGAACGUCAGGCGCAGGAACGUCAUGAUCGUCGCGAAGCGGAGGAGAGAAUCAGCAGAGCAAAGGACGAUGAUUACCGCAGAGUCCGCUACAUGAUCGGAUAUCAUGUGGACGCGUGGCCACCUCGAGCGGUCGGAAGCAGAUUCUUUGUUCGAGCUGUGAGAAGCUGGGAUUUAAUUCUCCGCCCGCAACUUUUUCGUUUUACAGAUCAAUGAUCUCGUUUCCGACGACAGAUUGUUCUCUACGUAUAGCCAAAUUCGCAAGUUCUGGCGCCGCAGGCAUUACAUCGACGAAGAAAAGAAUGGCAUGGACAAUACUCGACCACUUCCAAACAUCAGAACGUUUUUACAGACAAAGUCGUGAUUGUAGCCGAGGACGAUACAGUUGUCAAUCAGUUCAGGGAGUUGAUGACGGUGAAACGCAAAAAUGUGGUGGCUAUCAAGGAGUGAGUUUGCCGAUGUCCGACGCCAACUGACAAUACGUUGCCAGAAUGGACCUGAGAACCGAGUGCGAAGCGUGGGUUAACGCUCAACUCCACAAAUACGAACAAGGAGUCGGAAAUGUGUUGGUGUGCACUCUGGCACUGGAGAAGCACAACUUAAUUCCGUUCGGAAAGCUGACUAUCUUCAACAAAGUCCAGAAUAAUGAUCUGUUCAACGCAUUCGUGACUCGUCAGACAAAGAGGUCGAGACUCCGCAAGGAAACCUCGGUCAUCGACGUGUGCUUGAGUCAUCAGGACUCUCCGGCAAUCGCUGAAAACAUUGUCCAGGUAUAAUCACUUCUGCAAAGCAAUGCUCUAAUUAUUCCCAUCGCCUUAGCUAAUGCACAUGCGCGAGGAAUACCCUGACAAGGAACUGAUGGACUUCUUCGAGUUUGUUCAAAAAUCGAGGAACAUUUACACCGGGUGUUAUUUUUCAGAGGCCACUGCUGGCGCGGUCGUCCAGAAGAGAGAGUGAACUACGAAAACUGGAGAGAAAUGGAGAGACACCACGUCGCUAGAGAGGUAAUCUAAAGGACGGGCCAGUCAUUUUCAACGCUGUGUUUAGAACGAGUUCACCUUGACAAAAAUAGGACCGUAUGCCGAGAAAUGGUGGACUGACCCGUACAUUUUGGAGAAAGUGACGGUAAAACGAGGAAGUGUGUUCGCACUCGAAUGAAUUACUUUUCAGAAGUUCGUCAAGCCGACGAAGGAAUUCAGAUGCCACGAAAGAAGACCAGUUCGGAUGGCGCGUGGCUGCAUCCGCAACUGCGCUGAGUAUCAGGCGUGGAUCAGAGAGAAUCCGAUGAGAGAUAUGGACUUGCGUCAGCCGACGAAUGAUCGGAGAACCGUAGUCCAGUUCAGUUCAAUCACAACUCGCUGGCCGUCUGCUCCAACGCCACGUGCAGUGCCACCGCCGGUCAACACUCCGCAUCCGCCGUUUCAUCCUGGCCACCUUCCGAACAAUUAA